AUGUUUCGCGUGGUAAAAAUCUAAAAAUGUAUUUAAAUUUAUUGAUUUAUCCUCGACCUUGUAUAUAGAACCGAGAAUAACAACAACAUAUGUGCAUUCUGUACAUUAAAAAUUUAAUGUUGGAAAGAGAAAACGUGUAAUAAAAUGGGUUGUAGUGCUUCUAAAAAUUUAACAGUUGAGCUUCAAGGUGAUUUGAAAACUGCUGGUUGUCAUUCAGUUGUCAACAACGAUCUUAAUCAAUUGGAGGUAAGGAAAAAUUCGGUUCCGAGAAGAGCUUCGGAUGUUCCACCAGUAGAAAGCGUUGAACCGCAAACGGAAAUGCUUCAGGAGAAUAACGAAUUGGGUACUUGCACUAAUGUUCAACAAUCGAAUAACGGAUUAUCAUUUGAGGUACCAAUGUUGAAAGAAUCUGAAUCGAUUAUAAAGAAACAUCCACCGAGGAGGUUUCAAAAAUUGGAGGAACAACAAACGAGUCCAUCAUUAAGUCUCGUUAAGUUACGAGAAAAACUUGAUGAAGCUGAGAUAAGGAGACAACAAAUUCUGCAACAAAGAGUACAAUCAGCAAAGACUCGUUACGCCUCACGAAGUAAAGGAAAUAAGUCAAAUGAUGAAGAUGAUGAUGAUGAUUACACCGAUGAUGGCCUUCUGAAAGUUCCACCGGAUGUACCAGCGAUUUCUAAUCCUUACGACGUUUCCUACUUAUAAUACAUAAAUCACCCGUCAUAAACAAAAACACCUCGAAUCAAUACAAAAUCGAAAGAAAUAUGUUUAAAUAUUAUCUUAUAUAUUGUUAAAGUAAUCAAUGAGGUGGUUAUAAGAUGGAAAUUGUAUGUUAGUUAUUUUGCUAAAAGCCCAAUUUAUUAUUCAUUAAACAAACAAGGUGGUUAUUACUUGCUUACGUAUGGAGGCAAAAAUCAAUAUUGGGCUAUUUUUUGUUUUAUUAUUUACAAUUUUUAAUUAUUAUUAUUAUAUGUAA